CAAGAGGAAAUUAGAAAUUAUAAACAAGAACAAAGCAACCCUGGUCCCAUAAUCUAAGGGGUUUGUCAUAUCAGACUGAAUGGAUUGUUAACAUGAAGAUUUGCAAAAGAUCUCUAUCAUUUGAUUCACUAAAUCACAUCCAGGUUAAAAACAAGGUGACAGAGAAAAGCUUCAUUUCUACUGCCACCGUUUCUAACUUGACGGUGGAGAGAAAACAAAUCCAAUCCCGGUAUUCAGAACUGGAGAAGAACUACAGCAACAUCUCAGAGAAAUACUCAGCACUGGACCAGUACUGUCCCGUCACAGACACCUCUUCCAAGGAGCGAGUUUGUAAAGCCUGUCCACAGAACUGGGAGCUGUUCAAUGGCAAGUGUUAUUACUUCUCCACUGAUAAAAUGAACUGGAACUCCAGCCGUGAUAACUGCACAUCACUGGGGGGGCACCUGGUGAUUAUAGAGAGCGAUGGAGAGCAGGGAUUCCUAUCCGAUAAGGCCUGGAACAUCACAAAAGAGGCUAGUAUAAGCAAGGAAGAAGAGCAAUCCCACUGGAUUGGCCUGACUGAUGCUGUUACUGAAGGAACCUGGCUUUGGUUGGACGGCACUCCUCUCAUUGGCAAUGUCAAAGCAAAGUGAGAGCUUCAACCCAUUCUGAAAUCACUGCUGAGGAUUAAUAGGAUAAACCAUGUUCCAUAGAAAGUUACAAAAAAGCUACUGGAGAGACAACAAAGUACGCUUCCUUUAAUACAACAAACUGCCCUCCUUAGUGUCCUCUAACAUGAAAGCACUAAGAUGUACCAUAGCAAGUGUAGUACAGCACAGUGAAAGCAUGGUAAAGUAUAGGUAGGCAUUGUAAAGAUGAGAGUGGUAUGGUAAAGCAUAUUAAAAAUCAUAGCAAGUCUUGGUAAGUAUAGUUAAUGCAUAGCAUAACCGUGGGAAAACUGCAAAAUGACAGUGCAGGCUUACUGUGGGGAACUUUUAAAAAGCAAAUAGCAUUGCUUGAAUGCUGCAGUGAAACUAGGUCAUAUUCACAAAUCUCUAAGAUUUUUGAUUCAAUUAUAUUUGUUUAAGAAACCAGUAACAGCCUAGGUCUGUAUCUUUAAUGUC